CCAAUCCAUAACGGGAGGUAGACUCGGAAACUCGGCGGUGACUCACCGAUGCAACUCAGCGGCAACGUGUUGAUUUCCGUGAAGAAACCCCCAAUAGUGUGGUUCAAACCCUGUCUCUGCUUCGCGUUCUCCAACUCGACCGAGUCGAACUCGCUCCAAGCGGAGACACUGAAGACUCUGGAAUGGAGCUCCAUAUGCAAACAGGUUUCGGCGUUCACGUCCACCGCCAUGGGCUCCUCCGCCGCCUGCAAUGCCCGGUUACCCGUCGGCCGGACCCCUCAGGAGAGCCAGAAGCUUCUCGAUCAAACUUCGGCGGCGAGACUAAUCACUCAGCCGCCGGAUUUCUCCGGUAUCAACGACUUGACGGAGAUUCUCGCCGCCGCCACUUCCGGUCAGUUGCUAACGAUCCGCGAGCUUUGCACCCUUCGCCGCACACUCACAGCCGCAAGGGAAUUGUUCGAUCAUUUGAAACACUUGGAUUCCACUGCUACUCAUCCGCAUAGGUACUUACCCCUACUUGAAAUACUGCAAAAUUGUAAUUUCCAAGUGGACUUGGAGCGUAAAAUAGAAUUUUGCAUAGAUUGCAAUCUUUCGGUAGUUCUUGAUAGAGCAAGUGAAGACCUGGAGAUCAUUAGAUCAGAAAGAAAGAGGAACAUAGAAAUUUUGGAUUCUUUGUUGAAGGAAGUAUCAUCUCAAAUUUUGCGGGCUGGGGGCAUUGACAAACCAUUAAUAACCAAACGUCGAUCUAGAAUGUGUGUGGGAAUUAGGGCUUCCCAUAGAUAUUUGCUUCCAGAUGGUGUAGUUCUGAAUGUUAGCAGCUCUGGAGCAACAUACUUUAUGGAACCUAAAGAUGCGAUAGAUCUGAACAAUAUGGAAGUUAGGCUUUCAAACUCUGAGAAGGCUGAGGAAAGAGCAAUUUUGAGUUUUCUUGCAUCUGAAAUAGCAAGGUCAGAAGGGGAGAUAAAUUAUUUAUUGGAUAAAAUUCUCGAGGUUGAUGUUGCUUUCGCAAGAGCUGCCUAUGCUCAAUGGAUGAAUGGGGUAUGUCCAAUUUUCAGUUUAGAUAAUUUUGAAAGCUGUGAUCCUGAAGAAGAGGACAAUGAUUUAAUGGUAAAUAUUGAUGGUAUACGCCAUCCAUUACUUCUAGAAUCCUCUCUAGAAAAAAAUUCAGGUAAUCUUGCACUAAGAUCUGGAAAUGCUGCUGAGUUAGGUAAUGGAAAUGGAGCAAUGGCUUCUAAAAAUACAUCACAAGGAAUAUCAGACUUCCCUGUGCCAGUUGACUUUAAAAUUAGACAUGGAACUAGAGUGGUGGUGAUCUCAGGACCUAAUACUGGAGGAAAAACUGCUUCCAUGAAAGCAUUGGGCCUGGCAUCCCUUAUGUCAAAGGCUGGAAUGUAUUUGCCUGCCAAGAACAGUCCAAAACUUCCUUGGUUUGACCUUAUCCUUGCAGAUAUUGGAGAUCACCAGUCCCUUGAACAAAAUCUCUCAACUUUUAGUGGGCACAUCUCACGUAUUUGUAAGAUUUUGGAAGUGACCUCUAAACAAUCACUUGUUCUCAUUGAUGAAAUUGGUGUUGGAACUGAUCCUUCAGAAGGUGUAGCUCUUUCUGUUAGUGUCUUGCAAUAUCUGAAGAAUCUUGUUAACUUGGCUGUUGUGACUACUCAUUAUGCUGAUCUAAGUAGCAUGAAGGAAAAGGAUACCCGUUUUGAAAAUGCAGCAAUGGAAUUUUCACUCAAAACAUUACAGCCUACUUAUAGGAUCCUCUGGGGAUGUACUGGUGAUUCAAAUGCAUUAAGCAUAGCACAAUCUAUUGGCUUUGAUAGAAAUAUAAUUGAUCACGCACAAAAAUGGGUCGAGAAGUUAAAGCCAGAACAGCAGCAAGAACGAAGAGGAAUGCUCUAUCAGUCAUUACAGGAGGAAAGAAACCAAUUAAAGGCUCAGGCUGAAAAGGCUGCAUCCAUUCAUGCAGAAACUAUGAACAUAUACUUUGAGAUCCAAGCGGAGGCAGAAGACCUUGAUAGACGUGAGAUGGAACUUAUGGCAAAGGAAACUCAACAGGUCCAACAAGAGCUCGUGGAUGCAAAAUCUCAGAUGGAAACUGUGAUACAGAAGUUUGAAAAGCAACUCAGAAUUUCUGGUCGAGAUCAACUCAAUUCACUUAUUAGAGAAUCUGAAUCUGCAAUUGCCUCCAUUGUAAAAGCUCAAACUCCUGCUGAUUGUUUUCCCAUCAGUGAAGCUGAUCACACUUCAUAUACUCCACAAUUUGGAGAGCAAGUUCGUGUCAAGGGAUUGGGAGGGAAAUUAGCCACAGUAGUAGAAUUGCCUGGGGAUGAUGAGACAAUCCUGGUACAGUAUGGUAAAGUGAAAGUCCGUGUGAAGAAAAAUAGCAUCAUAGCUAUCCCAGCUGGUGCAAAGAAUGUUGUAACUAGUUCUUCCAAAUAUCAGGGGAGGCAGAGUUCGCGGAAUGGAGAAUACAGGGGUAAUUUAGAGGCAAACAGCAAUGAUGAUCUUUCUUAUGGUCCUGUGGUGCGGACAUCUAAGAAUACUGUGGACCUACGUGGUAUGCGAGUGGAAGAAGCUUCUAUCCACCUUGAGAUGGAGAUUAAUGCAAGUCGUCCAUAUUCGGUUCUCUUUGUAAUACAUGGGACGGGUACUGGUGCUGUUAAGGAGCGUGCGUAUGAGAUUCUGCAAAAUAAUUCACGUGUUACUAAUUAUGAACCUGAAAGUCCAAUGAAUUAUGGUUGUACCAUUGCUUAUGUCAAGUGAGCCCUCAUUGUCCUGGUGCAAUAAGCUAUGCCGGGUUGAACCCCGAGUUUUCCUGCUCCUUCCUUACCGGAUCAAUCAAAUGACUAACUUA